UGGAUCUCGAAGAGGGCGCACGCAGCCUGGGAACCGGUUCCCCUGGGGGUGGGUGGCGCUGAGGGACGCAAGCCUGCGUCCUGAGCCACCGACACUGACACCACGGACCCCUCCCGCGGAAGUGAGGUGUCUCCAGAAGAAGAGACUCUUUCUCUUGAACCCUGAAAGCCGCACCGCAACCUCUACCAGGUGAGAGCACAAACGCAGUCCCCCCACUACCACAAAUUAUGCAAGCAAGUUUCCCACAUUUGGGGAAAUCGCAGGGGUCAGCACACUCAGAGUGCAGUGGAUGAGCCUCGCCCUGGGAAGUACCACCUUCUUGAUCGUGGUACUUCCCCUGCCAGAAAUGCCAGCAUCGGCAGCAAAAGUCGUUUUCUCAAGAAUGCCCAUCUGUGAGCACAUGGCAGAAUCUCCAGACUGCCCCAACACAUACAAGCCGGUCUGUGGCACUGAUGGGGUCACGUAUGACAGUGAAUGCCAGCUCUGCUUGGCUCGGAUAAAAAACAGAUGGGACAUCGAGAUCGUGAACGAUGGCAAAUGCUGACCCACAGGAGCCCCUUAAGGCAUGAAGCUUCAGGCUGGAGAACGGUGGUGGGCGUGGAGAGGCUGUGACAUGAAAUAAAAGA